UCGUGAAAGUCUCUUGUCUUGUUAUAUCUUUUAAUAAUUCAUAGGUGCUAAUUUUUGUUUUAAAAGUUAUAAUAAUUUAAUUUAAAAAAAUUGUUCAUUUUUUAAAGAGUAUUUUUUGCAAAGAAAUUCGCCAUGAAAUCAAUCGUAUUCGCAGCGGUGUUCAGUUCUGCCUUAGUAUUUGUGCUAGGGCAGCUAGAUUCAGAACAGGUUGAAAUUCACAAAAAAGUAGAAAAGAAAGAAGAAGAAGUCGCCGAAUAUUGUAACAGGCUGUAUCCAGUCUCUGAAGAUUCGCGAUUAAGAGUAGCAAGAAUGACCAUCAAAGGAGAAACCGUUCCAGAAGAUAUCCAUGCAAAAGAAUGGUGUAAUCUGAACUGUAAUCUGGAGAAACUUGGAUUCUUUGAUGCUGACGGUACAAUACAAGUUCGCAAAAUUUACGAAUUCCUGCUUGAAAAACUUCCUGAAUUUAAACCUAACAGGCAAUUUCUUUUAAUUCACCUAUUCCAAACUUACCGAAUGACCAAAAAUAUGGAUGAAAAAUGUGAGAAGUCUUUAGCAGCAUAUAUUCGAUUUUCUGAUGCUGUAAUGAUGUCUACUUUGGAUGCUGAUUUUCACGCAGAUGCCGGCGCCAUAGAAAGAGUUCUGAACGAAGUUUCGGAUGGCAAAGGCGAACCGGAAGAAUUAGAGACGUCCCUGAAAAGAGCAUUAACAAAUACUGAGUUAUUCUUCGAUCUUACAAUUUUAAAAUAAUAAAUUUCAAAACUGUGCUCAUUGAAGACAUUCUUUAUAUUAUCAUAUCGUAAUCGAAUCAUAUACUUAUGUACCGAAGUAGGUACCUAUCU